AAAGCAUGUUCUCUAAAGAAUUUCUGAAGCUUGAAGUCCAAUACAGGGGUGACUCAGUAAACCUCCAUCCCACCACUAUGAAGAAAAGUGGUGUUCCUCUCGUCUUGGGCAUCAUCUUCCUGGUUCUGAUUGAAGUUCAAGGAAUCCCUACAAUGAAGAAUGGACGCUGCUUCUGCAUUAACAUUAACCAAGAGAAGAUCCAAUUACAAUCCUUGAAAGACCUCCAACAAUUUGCCCCAAGCUCUUCCUGUGGGAAAGCUGAAAUCAUUGCUACACUGAAGAAUGGAGAUCAAACGUGCCUAAACCCAGACUUAAAAGAUGUGAAAAAAUUGGUGAAAGCCUGGGAGAAACAGACCGGCCAAAAGAAAAAGCAAAAGAAAUUGGGAAAACGUUGGAAAAUCAAGAAAGGUAAAACAGUUGGAAAAUUUCAACGUCCUCAUCAAAAGAAGACUGCAUAAGACAACACUUUACCAAGACGGGAAGGCAUCUAAUGCAUAAGCUUGUUAGUUUGACUAGAAAACUUAAACCAUUAUUGUGAUAUUACAACAUAGGUAGAAAGUUGCUUUUAAAAUCCACAUGUUAGGAAUUGUGAGUAGCUAUAGCUUGUUUUUGUUCUUUUACCCCAAACCAACUAAAUUUUUUAUCAUGCUUACGACCACACUUUUAGUAACACCCACACAUGAACAAAUGCCCACAUAAUCACACCCACACACAACAGCUGCCUGGGAGAGCAGCCUCGGCUUCCUGGGCCACAAACUGCAGCCUCCAGAGAGUAUCCUCAGGCAGACCUCAGCAAGCCCCAGGCCUGUCAGCAUGCCAGUGAGCCGCUACACUGUUUGGGAUUGAGCUGGACCUCAUCAAGCUGCUGUAGCCAGCAGCAACUGUGCAUGAAUCAGCCUCCAGGCCUCACACACAAUGUGUCUGAGAGAGCUGCUGUUUCUGAGGACCCCCACUGAAGAUCAACAGCACUUCUCUUUCAGAACCUUUUAUCUGGCCUUUGAUGGAGGGCCAUAAUGUGACUCCAUCUUGCCUGUCCAGGCUGACCACUUUUUCUUACUGUUCCCUUUUGCUUCAGUCAGGCCAGUUCUCCAUCAUCCCACCACAAUUCAAUGCCUGCGUCCUGUCCACCGCACAUGCCCCAUGCUCUCUCAUUCACCUGGGUCUACUCCUUUCUUUCUUGCUCUUCCCCCAACAACCCCAUAGGAAUGCCUUCUUCUCCCUACUCAUCCUCACUUCAUGUAGUCUUCAAGGCUCAGUUCAAGUCCUGACUCUUAAAUAAAACCUUUCUGGACUCUUGAAUUAUAUUAAAAUUUCUAUUUCACUUGUGUUCAGUACCACUUGAUGAGCACUUAAUUUUUAACUAAUUGAUUUUUGUGUGUUUAUUCUAUCUUCCCAACCAUAUUGUCAGCUCCUCGAGCUCAGGGGCCACACUCUAUAUUUCCCUGAAUCUGCCCAAUGCCAAAUAUAUUGAGUAACUAGGUUUUGAAUAAUUUCUUAAUUGCAGUUGUUCCAGGUAGGAGGGCAACCAGACCAUCUCUUCAGAGCAGGGGCUGGUUAUUUACUGGCUACUUCCUACUCUCUAGCCCCUGGUGACCUCUUUUACUUGUAUCUUCAGGCCAGUGUCACUGCAGGGACCAGGGGUGAUGUAACAUCCUCAUCUUAUUAUGACAGGAUGUUCACUUGGCCUCUCCACCAAAUAAGAAACACAUGUUUAAAAUACAUGUGGCUAUUCUGGGCUAUUUUCAUAAAAUAUUGAGGACACCUAAAAUCAUAGCAUCUUACAAUGGGAAGGGGAUUUCGAGAUCAUCCAGCAUCUGACCUCUCCCUACCCAAUACAAAAUUCCCUUCAAUACCAUUCUUGACAAGUCUUCGUUUUGUGUGAUCUUACAAGAUAAGCACCAAGAUCCUUUUGAAAGCUCAAUUUAGGCAAAUAUGAAUUUCAUUGUCAAUUUAACUUGUUUCAAGAUUUAUAAAGAAUUGUGAUUAUCAGUCACCGCAGCAACUCUCAUGAAGCCAGUGGGCAGUAAGAUGCCAAGAUUCAAAAGCAUGGCGGAUGCCCAGUGAGCCCCUACAGGGCUUGGAAACCUCCUUAAAGAAGGCUUUCAGUGAAUUGCUUGAGAAGAGGGUGUUAUUGGCCAGAAUUUAAAUCUGUACCUACUUUCCCAAAUUUUAUCACUCCUCACCCAAGCUGCAGGUGAUUUUGAGUUUCCCAGUGGAGAUCCCAUCCAAGCCCCUUAUCUAAUUAUAAGGCUCCAGCUAAUCCCAUGUAACUUCCCUGAAAAAUCUAAAUGUUGCAUAAUUUGAGAAUCUGUGGCACAAUUAUUAUGAAACUCACAAGUGAAGUGGGCAGCAUAUAGCUAGUAACUAAAGGUCUUGUUUUACUAAAAAGCUAUUAUACACACAUAUACACAUUAUACACACUAUAACAAGGAGCCCUGAUGGUACAGUAGUUAAGCACCCAGGUGCCAACCAAAAAAGUCAUCGGUUUGGACCCACCAGCUACUCUGAGGGAGAAAGACGUGGCAGUCUGCUUCUGUAAAGAUUACAGCCUUGGAAACUCUAUGGGGCAGUUCUACUCUGUCCUACAGAGUCACCAUAAGUCAGAAUUGACUCAGUGGCACACAACAACAAUAACAUUAUAAUCACUGGUCAUUUACAUGUACAUGAAUAUUUUCCAAGCAAAUAAUUGUGUUUAAAGCAGCACUGACAUAUAUACUUUGUACUUUGAAAUAUUUUCUUUGUUAAAAAAGUGAUAUCAAUAAAUAGACAAUUGUUCAGAAAACAAAUCUUGAUUUUCUU